CAAUCACAGCGCGGAGUAUUAGGAAGUCCGUCUCGUUGUUAUGGUAACCGAAAUAACUAACCAGCUGUGAGACCGGGCACCAGAGCGUCACCUGCCCGUCCUGACCCCGCGCCACCGGCUCCUCACACCAGAUGUACUAAUCAGCGUCAGACAUGCCGACCAGCAAAAUGCAGGGACCCCUGAGCUCACUCCAGGAGCUGCCGAGCGGGUACCAGAGCAAAGUCUGUACACCGCGCAACCCAAAGCUCAGCAGACAUGAAGAGGCCGCUGUGACGUUGACCCCUUCAGCGUUCCUGCAGGAAAUGUCCCUGACCACAGAGCAGCGAUUGGCCAACACUCGGGAGAUGCGUCCACCCAAGAUCAUCCAGCUGCUGGACAUGAGCGAAAGCAGCCACCAGAAGUUCUCCACGGUAGACUUGGACCAAGCCCUCUUUCAGCCUUUCCCUUCAGAGAUCACCUUCCAGAACUACCUGCCCUGUGAGCCCUACGAGGUGCCGCUGGCCUUGCGGAACAAUGACAAGGUUCCACGGCUUAUAAAAGUAAUUCAGGAGAACUCGCCCUACUUUCAGGUCAUCAGCCCCAAUGACGUCUGCAACAAAGUGGCUCCGGGAAUGGCAUCCACAUUCCGCAUCCUAUUCACCCCCGAGGAGAACAAGGAUUAUUUCCAUGAGUUAAUUUGCAUUACCGAGCGGGAGAAGUUUGUGGUUCCCAUCCGAGCGAUUGGAGCACGCGCCGUGCUGGAUUUCCCAGAUCAGAUAAGUUUCCGGGUCUCUCCUGUCAAGUACAACUCCCAGAAGACUCUCCUGGUGCGAAACAUUGGGAAUCGUCAGGCGUGCUUCCAGCUCCUAACGCAGAGGCCUUUCAGUGUGGCACCAGUGUCAGGAACGCUGGAUGCUGGGGACAGUAUGCAAGUUACACUGGAGUUCCAGCCUACAGAGGUGGGAGAUCAUAAACAGGAUCUGGUAAUUCAGUAUGAUACAGCGGAGGAGAUCCAUGUCAGGCUUUAUGGAGCAGCCGCUGACAUUAAUGUGCGAUUAGACAAGAAUUCACUGACCAUAGAAAAGACCUUUCUGUCAUUAGCCAAUCAGAGGACAGUUACCAUAUGCAACCGUAGUGACAUCAUUGUACACUUCCAGUGGAAAGAAUUUGCUACUCUGCAGGAGGAGGAGCUUCAGAAACAGAGGUUGUGCUCGGAUCUGCGCGCCGUGGAAGAAGAGGAGACGGAACGCUUCCUGGAUGAGUGCAGCGCCGAUCCUUCCCUCCGCGAGCGCCUCUCGCUCCUCAGCUGCACUUUUCACAAUCGCAGACGGCUGGCAGAGAAUGACGCUGCCUUGUUCUGCGACCCCAUCUUCCAUGUAGAGCCUGUGGAAGGAGACGUUUGGCCCAACUCCUCUGUACACGUUACUGUACUCUUCAGGCCUCUGGCUGCCAAGAUAUACCAGCGCACUGUCUACUGUGACAUAACAGGCCGGGAAAUGCGACUACCCCUGAGGAUUCGGGGAGAGGGCCUGGGGCCCAACCUUUGCUUCAACUUUGACCAGUUAGAAAUUGGAAAGGUGUUUGUGGGCUCCACUCACAGCUAUGAGGUCAUCCUGACAAACCAAGGAGCCAUUGAUGGGAUCUUCAGCCUCACCCCUCACUCCUCUGCGCUGGCUUCUUGUUUCACAUUCACUCCCAGUGAGGGGAUCAUUCUGCCUGAUGGGCACCAGGCCGUCCAGAUUGUACUCAGCUGCUGCAUUCUGGGAGAGUUCAGAGAGGAGUUCCGCUUCAGUGUGGAUGGGGCUCAUGAAGAUGUUACCUUAUCAGUCAGUGGCUGUAUCAUGGGACCCACCUUUCACUUCAACGUGCCCACCCUUAACUUCAGUGAUAUCUCUUAUGGUUUCCCCCGCACUCUGCGAUGCUCCAUACACAAUACAUCUCUGGUUCCUAUGAGCUUCAGCCUGAGAGUCCCAGGAGAUGGGAGUGGGGAGCCGAGCCUCACCAGUCACCGGGUCCUCCUGGACAAGGGGUCAUCAGCUUGGAGAAGAAAGCACCAUGGAGGGCUUAGACUUCGGGAAUUUUCCAUUGCUCCUUCCAGAGGCACCAUCCGUUCCCAGGGCCUUCUAGACAUAGAGGUUACCUUCUGUCCCAACCAGGUGAAGAAGUAUGAGCUUGCCCUGGUGGUUGAUGUGGAUGAUAUAGGAGAGGAGGUUCUGGCUGUGCCCAUUACUGCCAGGUGUAUGGUGCCCCCCCUGUUUGUGGAGAACUUCGCUGUGAAAUUUAGCCGCUGUCUCCUGCAGUACCCGUAUGAGAGGAGCGUCACAUUGACCAAUCCCAGCAGCCUCCCGGGGUGUUACAGCCUCAUGCCACAGGAGCCCGAUUCCUCCUCCAGGGUCCUGUUUUACAGCCCCAACCCCUGCGGGAUCAUCGAGCCACAUAGCAGUGUGGACUUGCCCAUCGUACUGGAGGCCCAGGUGACUGGGGAGCAGUGUACUGAGGCUCAGGUCGCAGUGUUUGGAUGCAGCGAGCCUCCCCUGGAGAUUGUCCUGCUCUGUGUCGGGGAAGGACCUGUAGUCCAUGUGCAGCCCAGCGAGAUGGACUUUGGAAAUAUUCCAGUUCUGAAUGAUGUCUCAAAAACCCUCCGCCUGUGUAACCAGUCCCUGAUCCCUGCACCCUUCCGGGCCACCAUGAAGCGACGCCGAUCUUUGUGGCGUAUAGAACCCAGCAGUGGUGAGGUUCCCCCAGAAGGAGAAGUACAUCUGGUUCUUGUGGCCUAUCUGGACGAUACCACAGCCUUCAGAGACACCGUCCAGCUGGAUAUUACUAAUAGCAGCACCCAUCUCAUCCCGGUGCAUGCCACUGGCACGGGAACCACCAUCGUCACUGACCGAGCCUUCGCACCGGUGCUUAACCUUGGAGCCCAUUUCAGUGCCGGCCCAUGUCGCUAUCACUUCACAAUGACCAACCAUGGUCGCCGUACUCACCAGCUGUACUGGAUGACCGAAGGAUUCCCUCAGUUCCGCAAACGUCAACAGCUGCCAAGCUUGAAACCUCGGGCGUCACACCCAGAAGCACAUUGUCCCGUGUUUAGUCUGUGCCCAUCACGAAUGGAGCUAGCUCCUGGGCAGAGUGUGGAUGUUGUGCUUGAGGGGUCAUCGGAUGUUCCAAAGCUGGUGAAGGAGCGGCUGAUCGGGCAGGCUAUCAUCGGGAAGCAGUCUGGGAAGGAGACCAUUAUGACUGUAGAUGUCACCUGUGAAUUCAUUGCUCCUGUGCUUCACCUGUCGCCCAGGAACCUGCUCUUCUGUGUGGAGAAGCACCCCGGCAAGGACCUGACACAGGCGUAUGAAGCGGUUUCUCUAAGAAACGUUUCCUCAUUACCGCUGACAUUAUUCCUGUCCGUGAACCACCCUUUCUCUGUCUGCUGCAGUGACGCUGACCCCGAUGAGGACACGCAGAAACCCCUCUACCUGGAGACUGGUGAGGAAAAGGAGCUGACCAUCACAUUUGAUCCAACUUUCAUUCGUGACCUGCACAGUCGAGUCAUAGAAGAGGUUCUGUCCAUCCGAUAUGCAGAACACCCGCAUACGGACUAUAUCGCCCUAGAGGGCCAGGUGCAUUUCCCAAACCUUCACUUCCCUUCUACUCAGAUCGACUUCAGCUGUAUCCUCAAUGACACAGAGAGCACCCGUCAGCUGGAGGUGACCAACUGUGGCCCGCUAGCCGUGCAUUACCGCUGGAGCUUUGUGACCGAGAGCUGCCAGAUCAGGUCCAGUGGCAGAUUGCAGAAUGCACCCGGCAUGGUCAGUAGUGUGAGCUCGGGACAUAAUCUAGGUGUGGAAGAUGUGGACAGUCUGGAGGAAAGAACCUACAGGCAGAAUGAGUUCCACAAUUCAGGAGGAAAUGACCGUACUGCUGACUCCUUUGCACAAAACCAUUGUCUGGCCUCCCAUCCUGAGACUGUGUUGUCGGACGAUGGAGAUGGCGAUCCUUUGGCAGAAGAUCAUGUCCUAACAGGAGUGGAGGAGGUAUUCGAUAUUCUGCCCCAGUUCGGGAGUCUGCAGCCGGGAGAGAGCCAGAUUGUUAUUUUCACAUUUUAUGGGCACUCGGACAUCAAGGCCCAGGCCAGAGCCCUAUGUGAGGUGUCUGGUGGCCCGGGAUAUGAGAUCAGCCUGUGCGGUGAGGCCUCGCUGGUCACCUACACCCUCAGUACCAGGGACAUCGACUAUGGCGUACAGAUGUUUUACCAAGUGGCUGAAGCAGAGAUUGUCUUGAGAAACAGCGGGAUGGUCAGUUUCCCAUUCACCGUGCUGACCAGGAACGCCGACACCCUGCCAUCGUCUUAUCCUGGGGAGCCGCUUGUAGAGCCGCACAGUGGUCACAUUCCUGCUGGAGGGGAGGAAAUCCUGAAGGUUUCCUAUUUCCCUGGAGUCCCAGAAUCCUUUCAGCGGGUCAUUCAGCUACAUGUCGCUCAUCUGGAGCCAGAGAUCAUUACCCUGCGAGGGGAAGGCGUGUUCCCGCAGAUCUGUCUGGACCUUCCACGUAACAUUAGAGAUGACCGGUUUGGACCUUACCUGAGAAUAGCAGAGAAGAAGAUACGAGACAGAGAUCGCAGCUCCGGUCUGGAGGAACCUGAGACCUCUGUGGACGCUCUUCUGCUGAUGGAGGCGGACCGUUUGUUAAUUGAGAAACAUUCGGGCGAUGAGCUAAAUAUGGGGGUGACGGCUGACAGCAGCCAUAAAUCAUGCAGAAAGCUGCUUAGGGCUGAUCUUCCGGAGUACCUGCUGGACUUUGGCUACGUCAUACUCGGAGAUGUCCGUUCACAUGUCAUUAAAGUCACCAACACAGGACAUUUCCCAGUGUCCUUCCAGGUAGACCGACGUGGUCUAGCCGGCACAGGCCUCACAGUGGAGUUAGACCGUGUGAAGAAUCUGCCGUGCUGUCACAUUGAGACUUUCCAGGUCAAGUUUGAUCCUCAGGGGGCCAAUCUUAAUCUUGGCCCUGUUGAUAUACUGAUGCCUAUUCAGGUGAGUGGAGGCCCCAGGUACUCAGUACGUCUGAGGGCAUCAGUGACCAUGCCAUCCCUCUGUGCGUCCAGUGACAAGGUGGAGUUUAGCCCUGUGCAGUGUGGCCAGUGUCAGAUCAGGACUAUUCAGCUCUACAACCAGCUUCCAGUGCCCUGUGAAUGGACAGUUGUGAACCAGGAGUCUGUCGUGAAGCUGGACAAACACAUCCCGAUGCAUCUGCGCAAAAAGUUGCGACAUGAAAUUAGACCCAAAGUUGCCAUUUUUGAGGUGAUGCCGUCACACGACCUUCUGCUCCCAGGGCAAAAGAAGAAUGUGGAGAUAAAGUUUCUGCCACAGGAAGAGAAGCCGUACAGUCAGCGACUGGUCCUGCAAGUAGCCCACAGCAGCCAGCGAGUGAUGCUGCUGGUAGAGGGCCAGGGUCUGGAGCCCCGUCUGGAAUUCUUACCAUCUGUACUUGAGUUGGGCCCCAUCCUGCCCUUCAGCUCUGGAGAUGAUAUGGAGGUUCUGGUGAAGAACCCAUGUUCCUUUCCUGUAGAGUUCUACUCCCUGGAGAUGGACAAGCAGUACAUGGAGGAGGAAAAGGUUCUACGGCUGCUGAAGGGUUAUGACUCUCGGAACACCCUGCUUCUCCCCCUCCGCUCACCUGGAGAGAAGUUGCCUGCCGAAAUCCUUGAGUAUUAUGAGGAGAACAGACAACUGCUGGAGGAACAAGGUGGGAAACAAUUGGUGGAAAGCACUGAGACAGGUAUUGUGGAGGCAACAGAUGCGGAUCUUGUUUCAAACACAGGUGACAUUCCAUCUGCCACUAGUUGUGGUGACAGCCAUUCCUCCCAUGCUGGAACUAAACAUGAGGAUGCUGAGGAGUACCUUGAACAGCCAGUGAGCUCAGGUAACAAAGUUCCUAUUCGUGAUGGCACCAACCAGGCUGUGGGGGAGCUGGAGCACAGUCCUGUGGCUCUGGCUAUGGCCCGCUACCUAGGUAUUGACACCAGUAGUGAGGGGCAAGCAGCAAGAAACCGCCUGGGCAUUUCCCUUAUCAUACAUGGUGCACCCCUUACAGGCAAGUCCUCCAUGGCAGUGCUUUUGGCCCAGCACUAUAAUGUUGCCUGCCUUUCAAUUGAUUCGGUGGUACUAGAAGCGAUAUCUGAUGGGAACAGCCACACAGGUCUGAGGGCAAGACAACUGUGUGCCAAGGCUGCACUGGAUCAGGCGCUUCGGGAGUCUGAGGAGGCCGCCGGCCAGGCAGCGGACGCAGUGAGCGGUCAGUCUGGACUUAGUGUGGAAGCUCUCGCAAAGCACACAGCAGAUGGCGGACAGGGAUCAGAGGCCAAGGUCGCUCCACAGUCAAUCAUAUCCCGUGUGAAUAGGAGCAGUCUGCUUGCUGGGAAGGGCAAGACGGACAGUCACCAAAUAACGGGCAGUAAGCAGCACCUGCCUGACCCAGCAACGUCACAGACUGGGAGCUCCCCUCUUCCAGGACCAGCACAGCAGCGUCUAAGUGUUAGCGCAAGUGUGGGUGGCGAGCUCGGACUGAUGAGCUGCGUGCUUCCAGAAGACCUCCUACUGGAAAUUCUCAGUGACCGGCUCCAGCUGAACGACUGUUUCCGGGGUGUAGUGUUUGAUGGCCUGGACACACUUUUUGCCCGGAACACGCCCGCCGCACUUCGCAUUGUACUGAAGGCUCUGAAUAAACGAAAGCAUAUAUAUGUCAUUGACCUAUGCCAGGAUUAUAUGACCAUGAUGACACGCGAGAGAGUCCAGAGAGAGCAGAGAGAUGAGGCGUUGCUGCGCGCCCAGGAGGAGGAGAAAGCCAUGAUAGAGGCGAUGGAUGAAGAGGAAUAUGAUCAGUUACCUGCAGAGGAACGAGCACGUAUCGAUGGACUGCGCCUCAAAGCUGUGCGGGAACGGAAAAAAAGAGAGCAGGAAGAGCGUCUGGCCCGAGAGGAACAAGAGCGGAGGCUGCAGGAAGAAUUGAUAAGACAGAGAGAAGAGGAGGAACUGAGAAAAAAGUCUAAAAGAGGAAAGAGCCGUGAUGAGGACAAGGAGGGAAAGAAGAGCCAAAUUGGCAAUAAACAGGCCACAAAGACAGAACAGCGGCUGGACUCUGGAUUGGAGAGAAAGAUUUUAGUAAACCAGCCUGAGUCUUUGCUCAAUGAGUCUGAUGAAGGCAAGAAGAAAAAGAACAGAGAUCUCCCCAGGCAGGAGCCUGAGAAGGAGCCGGCCAGUGACAGGCAGAUGAUGCAAAGGUUCAGGAGCUAUGAGUCCUCCCAGAAGGAAAUUCUGCACAUCCUGACUUUCUGGGACCGUCUACAAGGGAUCCUGAUACCAAGCCAUCCAGCAGAGGACGUGCAGCAUGACGCGGAGGACCAGGCUCCCGAGCGCCACGCACCGUCAGGUAAGAAGUAUCGCAAAGAUCGUGAGCGAGAACGACAGGAGAGACUGGAGCGGGAGAAGGCAGAGAAAGAAAGGCAGGAGAAGGAACGAAUGGAGAAGGAGCAGCUGGACAAAAUGAGAACCACGGAAGAUGAAGCUGGGCCACACAUAGGGCCAGAGAGGGAAGGUCAAGAUCAUUUGGAAGAACUGAAGACUGAGGUGGGAAUCCCACACUUCCACUUUCAGGUGUCUGGAGAUGCUGAAACCAUUGAGAAGAAGAUUCUGCAAAGCGGGAUUCUACCGUCCACAGAGGAGGUACUUGAAGGCCUCGGACUUGGCCCGUCUGGUCCUCCAAUUCCACCACCUCAUUUAUUCUCCGUCAUCCCGUUCCCUGAACCGAGGACUUUGUCUUAUGAGCAGGAGACACUCCGUCACUUCACCUUCAUCGCAGCGUCACCAGAUGACCCCAAUGUAAUUGUUGAGGAGAAGAAGGAGCCGGAAUCUGAGCCAGAACCUGUUCUUAAGGAGGAACAGCUGACACCCACAAGGAGCCGGAGUAAGAAGGAGAAAGCUGCGGACAUGGGACGUGAGAGCCAGCGGGAUAAACGUCGCACUUCCUCUCUCCGCAAGAGUCAGCAGAACCUGGAGAGCCGAUCACCACCGCCUGACGCCAGGACACCUCUCUCAGAUGCUGACCAGAACAGCGUCACUGGAGACAUCCAGAUGGAGAAGUUACCACAACUCGGUAUAUUCCGCUGGGUAGUACCAGCUAAGGGAGAAGUGCCACUAAGAAUCCAUUUUCAGUCUGAUAAUAUUGGAAACUUUGAUCAAACACUAAACUUUGAAGUUCUUGGGACCCAUCGUAGAUACCAGCUGUACUGUCGCGGAGUCUGCGCCUUUCCUGCAAUCAGUCAAGAUCCUAAGAUUGUAUUUUCACACCGCAAGAAGGAGGCCAGAAGUGAUGACAUUGUACAGAAGAAGUACAUUAUGAGCAGCGGGACCCUGGACUUCGGCCCUCUCCUGUGUGGUAAAAGCCGGGACAAGUAUAAGGCUGGACAGUAUCCAGAGAACAUGGAGAAAAUUACCAUCUGUAACGUGUCUCCCCUGGAUGCCGACAUCACCUUCUGCUUCCAGCAUGACAUGAAAGCCGCCACCUUCAUCCUGGACCCGCCGGCCAUGACGCUGAGACCCAGCGAGAAGCAGGAACUCUCCAUAUGGGCCUACCCUACAUCUCCGGGGGUGUUUGAAGAUAAUAUUGUGUGCUGCAUUAAGGACAAUCCUGACCCCACCAUAUAUCACUUCUGUUGCCGGGGUGUGCGGCCAGAUCUGGAAUUAGAUCGCAAGCAAGUGCACUUUGAGAAAAUCCUCCUACAUCGGAAGGACACUAGAACAGUCUUCCUGAGGAACAGCACUUUCCUACCUGCUGCGUGGAGGGUGACUGGGCUCGAGAACCUGGGGGAUGACUUCUCCGUGUCUCAGGACCAGGGGAUAGUUGCUCCUCGCUCUGAGUAUGGCUUACAGCUUCACUUCAAGGCAGCCAAGGCCACCAACGUCAAGAAGAUCAUUCGCCUGGAGGUUUCUGAUGUGGAGAAUAUACUGGGCAUUGUCCAGCUUGAGAACAUCCAGGUGUUGGCAGAGUCCUACGAUGUGUCUCUGGAUAUCGCCUUCCCUAAAGGUACAGAUGGCGGUCUGGACUUCGGAGUGGUGAAGGUGACAGAUGAAGCAAAGCACACAGUUUCCCUGAAAAACAAAGGGAAAUAUGAGAUUGGCUUCAGUUUCUCUAUGGAGGCCACUGGCUCGGGAAUGCCAGAUCUGAGUUCCAUCUUCUCCAUCCUGCCACAGAAAGGGACACUCAGUCCCAGUGACCGAGCCACCCAGGUCCAGAUCAUCUUCAAGGCCAUGAAGGAGGUGCAGAUCGCUGACAAACCCGUCCUGAAAUGUCAGGUGAUUGAACCCAACCUGUCUGAGGGCGGUGAGACCAUAGCGAGUAUCCCAAUCCGGUUAUCUGUCUCUUCUGCAUAUUCCAAGUACCGCCUCCCCUCAUCUGCAGACGUCAACUUUGGGGCCAUGUUGCUUGGAAGCCGCAAGUUGUGUUCCUUCACAUUGGAGAAUUGCGGUCUGCUUGAAUUUCGUUACCUCAUCAGCAAGAUGAUUCGUGAAGUGAUGCUUCAACCAGUCAAGAAAGGGCCGGUACACGGAAUAAAGAGGGCUCGUUCCCAAGACGGCUCUGGAUCCAGCAGAUCUGUCGCCAUGAGCAAAGUGAAGCGUGCGGAUUCCCAGCUGAAGGAGACGAGCACAUCUGGGCAGGCACGCUUUGCGCUGGGCAUGUUCACCGUGUCUCCCGGCUUCGGCAGCAUCCCCCCAGGCGGUGCUCAGAUCAUUACCGUGGAGUGUUCUGCUGACCAGCUGGGGAAGACGGAGGAAUUCCUGGCCAUAGACAUCUCUGAUCGUCACCCCAAGGACCACCCUGCUGGCAUUCCCUUCCGCCUGGUCACUGAAGCCUGCACCCCCGGAUUUGACACAGAUGACAUUGCCAGUAUAUUUGAAGAGCACCGUGUUGUCCCUGAUGCCAGAAUUCUGCAGUGUCUGCCGCCCCUCCAGGCAGGUGGGAUAUACCUGGUAGAGGAGAACCGCUUCUUGUUCUGGAACGUGAUCGUCGGUCAGACGUCCUCAGCUCGCUUCAAGAUCCUCAAUACUGGAAAGGUUCCCUGUGAUGUGACGCUGACUGUCAAGCCACUGUCUAGUAAGUCUGCAGCUCGGAUCAAUGAUAUCUUUGAAGUCCAGCCGCCACGUAUGAGUAUCCCGAGCCACAGCCACAGUUUUGCCCGUGUCUCCUUCACCCCGCAGGGCAUGCAGACGUACCAGUGUGUCUUCGAGGCCAGCGUGGAGGGGAUAUCAAAUUUGCUUUCUAAGUCCCGGAGCUUAACAUUUGACAUCAGCGGAGAGGGCAACCUUCCCCGGGUCACCAUUCUACGCCCGGUAUUACGCAACAAGCUCGGCAACCCUGUGCUACUUUUCCAGAGACUUCUGAUUGGCCAGAGCCAACAACUCCCCCUCGUCUUAAAAAAUGAGGGUACCAUCCCAGCACAGCUGAAUAUUGAUUUACCUGAAGAUGGGCGAUUUUUCUGUCUGAAGCGUAAGCCCAGCAGCCGCCCUGCGUGGGGUGAGGACGCGGGGCCCGGCCAGCGGAGUGCAGGGCUCCGGGCGCACACAGCCUCUCUGAUCCUGCAUCCCGGGGACACUGCAGAAUUUGAGGUGGUGUUCUGUCCCACUGAGCCACAGCGCUGUGAGUCCGCACUGCACCUGUCAGUCCUAGAUAAUCAGUAUGAGAAGAGCUGUGUGCAGCUUGUGGGUGAGGGCUAUCAGGACGAGCUGACCCUGGAUAACAUCCACAGCCCCGGACAGAUACGCACCCCGGAGGGGCAGCUGGAAGAGGAUAUUGUGGAAGCUACGCGUACAGAGCACAUUGUCUUUGGGGACUGUCACAUUGGACAACAAUACCAGGUGACCUUUACCCUGACCAAUCGCAGCCAGACGGAUGCCAUGAGGUUUGCGUGGCCAUUGGAGGCUCCCCUGGAAUUCUCUCCUCAGGUGGGACACAUUCACGCUGGCUGUGCCAAAGAUGUGACAGUCACCCUGAAGUCUGACGUGGCUGUGGCAUUAGACAAGUGUCCGGUAAAGUGCAAGGUGUCGCGCAUCUCAUUCCCACAGCCCCUCGACCAGGUGGCUGACUGGGACGACAGGAGGAGGACAGUGAAGUGGGUGGACAGCAAUAAGGGAACUGCCAGCCAGCGCCCUACCAAGAAGAAGGUGAUAGAGACUGACCCAGAGCCAGCCCACACAGUGCUCCAUGAUGGUAUCUGGGAGGUGGAUCUGCUGGUCACUGCUACUGUGGAUUAUGCCCGGUACAGUGCCACGUCUGAACAAGUACAUUUUCGAGACACUCUUCUGUAUCAGACACGUGUGUACAGGUUUCUCAUGCAGAACACCGGCUCAGUCCAGCUGCAGUACUCCUGGCAGGUCCACAUGGUGGGACAGAGCAAAGGUGGAGGCUUCUCCCCAGGACCGGACAACACUGAUGAUCCCCUGGUCAGUGCACGCAGCCCCUCCAUCCACAGCCGUCCCGCCAGUGUCUUGGAGAGCGUGUCAUCGCUGCUGUCGCUGGGAGUGGAGGCGUUUCCUUUCUGCGUGCAGCCAAACACUGGUGUCAUCCCAGGCCGGGAGAGCCAGGAAUUCCUCAUCAAGUUUUCCCCUGUAGAGGUGGGAGCGUAUGACGGCCGUCUGGCCUGCAGCAUCCCCAAUCUGCACCCUGAUGAGCAGAAACUGUUUAUCCCAGUGACUGGACGCAGUCUCCUGCCUUACUGCCACUUCCAGCUGGAGGAUUCCGACUACAUCACUAACGGAAGGCGCAACCCGGAGCUGCGUGGACCGCGCGGAGCCCCCUCAGGAACCACUUUGGAUCCAAACACCCGGGUUGUUGAGUUUACUGCUGUGGGAAUCAAGAUUAAAGUCAGCAGGACCUUCGGUAUCAUUAAUCCCACCGACAGUCCCUACUCCUUCCAGUGGACCUGUGAAGAUCCCGCUAGUGUUCAGGGCUCACCGGCCUUCCGUUGUCUGAACGAGCGUGAGGAGAUCCAGUCUAAGAAGAAGGUGGAGAUCACCUUUGAGUUCAUCCCUCAAGUUCUGGAUAUCACGGAGUCUUUCUGGUCCUUCACAAUCCCUGAGCAGAACAUCUCUGUCCCUUUCCUGUUGGUUGGUAAAGCCCUUGAACCUUCUGUUUCCCUGGACAGAUCCCACCUCAACUUCCGGUCUCUUCUGAUAGGCCAAGAAGCCCAGGAAUCUGUCUUUCUAAUAAAUAACGAGAACAAAUCUUUGAGUUUUGCCAUCCGGGAGUGUUCUCGCUUUUCUGAGGGCCACAUUCAUAGUGUGACGGUAAAUCCUAUGGACGGAACAAUCCCCCCUCUGGGCAGGAUUCCCAUCAGUGUUCACCUCAAGCCAUCCAUGAUCGGAGAGGUAAAUAUUAACCUAAUUUGUGACAUCAAGACCAAGACGGAAUCCUUACACCUGAACGUGAAAGCCGAAGGGCACUCUACCGAAGCAUGCAUUCAGUGCCAAGAUAGCCUGGGCACAGUCACCACUCUGUCCACUCACCAACCCAAUGAGAUUGACCUAGGACAGGUGGAUAUUAACGAUCGCUCCAGUCUGCAGUUCCAGGUCAUAAAUAGCGGACAGUUCUCCUUCAGCUUUUCUUGUGUACUGUCCGCACCUCAGGGGCUGCAGGAAUUUCUGACCCUCUCCCAGAGCAGCGGCUGUCUGGUCCCUGGACAACAAGCACAAGUGGCUUUUACCUUCUGUCCUACCAGGAAAUGUACUGUGAGGGACACUCAGCUGACCAUAAAGACAGAAAAUGGCCCGGAGGUCACGUGUCGGUUACAUGGCAGAGCCGUCCAGCCGGGCGUCCACUUUUCCUUCACAGAGCACAACUUCGGCUCCUGCUUCAUCUUCCAUGCUGGGAUGCGGCCUGUCCGAAAAUCCCUCAUCAUCACCAACAAGGACAAUAGAGCCGUCAGCAUUGACUGUCUGUACAGUAACACCGCCCACAUGGAAGUUGAGUUUGACCCAUCGGUGCUGUCCCCUGGGGAGAAUAUGGAGGUCCCCGUCACCUUCUAUCCCCGGGCAGCCGUCCACUACCAGGAGACUGUGGUCUUUCAGAUGAACAGCCAUUCCCAGCAGCUCGUGCAGCUCCAAGGCCAUGGGAUCGCCAUGAAGGUGGAAGUAGCUGAUCCGAAAUAUAAAGUAAUAAAGUUUGGAGCUGUAAAGAUUGGUCAGACUGUGAGGAGGACUCUGCCUGUUGUGAAUAAUAGUGCAGCCCCUGUUACCUGUGUCCUAAACCUGAGCCCUAGUGUUCCCGCACUGCAGGACCCCAAGGUCCUCAGUCUGUCACCCACCUCCGAGAUAACAAUCCCUGCCCGCGGCGGAGUGUUUAAGCUGGAGAUUCAGUUCACCCCCCGGAGUCGGAUAGCCCCGUUUGCAGAGGAGGUGAUGCUGGAAGUGGCCGGCUUGCUGCGUUCCCUGCUGGUAAUACAAGGCUGCAGUCAGGGCUUGGAGCUCAGCUUGGACCAGGAUUAUCUCUCAUUCGGAGCUGUGGUGCUGCAGAGCCAAGCCACCCGUAAGAUUAUCCUGAGCAACACGGGAGAGCUGGGAGCCAGGUUUCAAUGGGACACAAAACGGUUCCAACCAGACUUCACCAUCUCACCGGUGACGGGUUACAUCACAGCCGGGACUGAGGUCACCUUUGAUGUUGUCUUUCACCCCCAUGAGAUUAGUUCUGAUAUUCACUACGAGAACCUGAACUGCUUCAUUGAGGGAAGCAAAACAUUAACCCUGACUCUCUCCGGGUCCUGCGUGGGACUGCCUUCCACUAAGGAGGUGGUGAACUUCCAGUGCAAUGUAAGAAGUAAGCAGACUCAAACCAUCCUUCUGAGCAACAAGACCAACCACACGUGGCACCUGCAGCCCGUCAUCGAUGGGGAGCACUGGCGGGGGCCGGAGGUCAUUACCGUGGAAGCACAUCAGCAGAAUAAGCCCUAUGAGAUUACCUAUCAGCCGCUGGCCAUGAGUGCAGAGGGGAAGAAGCACCAGGGAUCCAUCUUCUUCCCAUUGCCAGAUGGAACAGGAUUGUUCUAUAUUCUGAAUGGGGUUGCUGAGCCUCCUAAGUCUUCCGGCACGAUCGUUAGAGAGGUUCCAUGUAAGACCUCCUACACUGAACUGCUGACUGUCAGCAACUGGCUGCGCAAAACUCAAAGGUUUCGGGUCACAGUGGAGAUGGUGAAGUCUGAACGCCUGGACAGCGCCACCACCAUUAAGGGUUUGGACUAUCUGGAAGUGCCGGGCGCUGCCAAGAGAGACUACAAGCUGAAUUUUCAUUCGCACAAGGAGGGCACCUUCUCCUCCAAGGUGACUUUCCGGAAUGAGACAACCCAGGAAUCUCUCUUCUAUUAUGUUACUUUUAAGUCCACACCACCCGGUAUCAUCAGCACCAUUGAGAUGGUGACGCCGGUGCGGCAAAGCACGGCAGCAACGGUACAGGUGGAGAACCCAUUGUCUGUACCAGUCACCUUCACCACUGACUGCAGAGUUCCAGAAAUUAACCUACCGCCACAAAUUACAGUGCCCGCCCAAUCCGAGGGUGCCCUGAUGUUUGAGUACCAGCCUCUGAAAGCUGGUGAGGCCACUGGAAGGCUGACUCUGCAAAGCAGCGAUCUAGGGUUGUUCCAGUACGAUCUUCUCCUGAAAGCUACGGCUGCCGUGUCUGAGAGGCCGCUCUACUUCAGAACAGCGCUCGGCUCCAGUCAGACGCUCAGCACCAAGUUCAUGAACUACACUCGUGUGAAGACUGAGUACAGCUGCAAGGUUGAUAACACAGAUUUCCACGUAGACAAGGUGGUUAUGGCGGCACCAGGUUCACAAGGCGGGUCGGAGGUCAGCUUGGAGGUGACAUAUGAACCAGUCCAGCUUGGAGAAUCGCGUGCGGUCCUGCUCAUCUCCUCCCCCCUGGGUGGUGAAUACACCAUUCCACUAUUUGGCUCAGCAGUGGCCCCGAAGCCUCAGGGACCCAUACAGAUCCGCGCUGGUUCCAGUGUUACUAUCCCUUUCAAGAAUGUUUUCUUGCAGCCCACAACCUUCAGCUUUCAGACGGACCCUGCAGCUUUCACAGUGAAACCUUGUGAGGCUGUGCGCCCCAAAAAAACCCAUAACAUAUCUGUGUCAUAUGAAGCUCCUCCAGGUGGAAGCAAGGCCCCUGUGACAGGAAGACUCAUCGUUUCCUGUCCUCGUGCCACUGGCAUUGCUCAGGGAAUCUACUGGGUGUAUUACCUAAAGGGCGUGGCACCUGAGAAGUGAUGUGGCCCAGAGGCAGCCAUCUGCUUACAAGCAUGGUCACAUAUUCAGUAUAACAUGAUGUUCUGUAUUUACCUGCAAAUGAUUAGCCACUAUUUCAUAAUCCAGAAAUGUCAUUAUGAUGCCUCCAGCGUGCCUUCUCCUUAGUGUCCGGUGCAGUACCAGGAUGAGCCACUCGCGUGUUUGCUGGUGCCUCAAGCGUGCCUUCCUCUAAGUGUCCAGUGCUGUACCACUCACGUGAUUGCUGGUGCCUCCAGCGUGCCUUCCUCUGAGUGUCCGGUGCAGUACCAGGAUGUGCCACUCACAUGAUUGCUGGUGCCUCCAGCGUGCCUUGCUCUGUAUGUCCGGUGCAGUACCAGGAUGUGCCACUCAUUUGAUUGCUGGUGCCUCCAGUGUGCCUUCCUCUGAGUGUCCAGUGCUGUACCAGGAUGUGCCACUUACGUUAUUUCUUGGGCAUCCAGCGUUCCUUCUUCUGAGUGUCCGGUGCAGUACCAGGAUGUGCCACUCACGUGAUUGCUGGUCCCUCCAGCGUGCCUUGCUCUGAGUGUCCGGUGGAUGUGCCACUCACUUGAUUGCUGGUGCCUCCAGCGUGCCUUCCUCUGAGUGUCCGGUGCAGUACCAGGAUGUGCCACUCACAUGAUUGCUGAAGCCUUCAGUGUUUAUUAAUAAAAAAUACAAUUCCAGUGU